UGCGUUGAUCGUACGACGGGGAGCAUGCACAUGGAAAUGUCUCCUACCGGCGUGCUGGAAUUACCGAAAGUGUGUAUAAAAUCCAGUCUGGAGAUUCUCCGCAUCUGCACCGGACUCGAGUGCGUUCAGGUGGUGAGCCAGGUGGCACGGUUAUAUCAAGUUUAUGGCAGCAGGACUCGUCAGAGAGCAGAAACCUCAGUGGCAGGAAAAUGAACGGCGAAGGCACUGGUAUAGGGGCUCCGACCCCAGCGUUGGCGGGGUUUUUGGGAAAAAGUAAAGACAGAAAUGCUUCACCCGGGAACUGUCCUUGGUGCUUGGCGAAAGGUCAGACAAACGCCCUCCGCUUUUAUGCCGUCAACCUAAAGGAGACUGUUCUGCUCUGUACAAAUGCAGUGUGCCUUUACCCGUUGGUUAGUAGAUCUCUGGAAGAAGUGCGUGCUAGUUUAUCCAAAGGUGGAUGCAAAAGGAGCAUUUCUUCCCUUCCCGACAUCAGUGAUGACUCCUGUCCUCCAAAACGACCCAGAGAAGAGAAACUGGAUGUUCUGGCAGAUGUUUCUGAGCCAUGUGAUGCUGAAGUCAAUGAUGCCACCCUUCCAGACGACACUGUCAAAACUCAAACGUUUACAGAUCAACAGUCAGCACCUGCAGAGACUAUUUCUCUUGAUAAAACUGAAGAACAACCUGUUUCUAUAGAAGACAUUAAGGAACAACCUAUCUCUCAUGAUGCCACUGAGGGGCAACCUAUAUCUAUUGAUCAAACUGAGGAGCAACCCGUUUCUAUUCUUCACACUGAGGAGCAACCUAUAGUUCUUGAUCUCAUAGAAGUAAAACCUAUGUCUGUUGAUCAUUCUGAGGAACAACCUAUCUGUAUUGAUAACACCAAGGAACGACCUGUUUCUAUUGUUCACACUGAGGAGCAAUCCAUAGUUCUUGACCUCUUUGAAGUUAAACCUAUGUCUAUUGCUCACACUGAGGAGAAACCUACAUCUUUUGAUCACAUUGAGGAGAAGCCUAUGUCUAUUGCUCACACUGAGGAGAAACCUGUGUCUCUUGUUCACACUGAGGAUCAACAUUUGUCUAUUGAUCAAACAGAGGAACAACCCAUCUCAAUUGAUCCCACAGAGGAGCAACAACCCGAGGAAUUACCUGCUGUCUCUGAUGAGGAUGUAGACUUGUGUGAAAGGAAGGAGGAUUGUGUAUCCAGUACUCAAGAUGAGAUGGAGGAGGAGGUCUUGGAGAGUUCUUCAGAGCUGGUCCCGGUUCAUUCUGAACUCUUCUGGAAAAACGAGGAGAACAUGUGCUGGUUGGAUGCGAUGUUGGUGAUGCUGGUGCACUGCAGGACCAUCAGAGGGACUCCAUGUCGGGGCAUAAAGCUGAGCGAUAAGUUGGCAACAGUGCCUUGCAAUGAUUCUGUCGUCUGGAAACUUUGCUGGAGAUAUGAUAAAACGUGUGCCUAUCUCCAAGCCAGGAAGAAACAGAGCGAAGAUAAAGUCUUGCGAGUCCCUGCUGGAGUCCUGGUUGAGGCUGAGCGGCGUCUGUCUGCUCUCCGGCUCUCAGUCUUCAAGCUUCUUCAGCCUACACUCAAGUGUGAAAUUGGUCAGCAGGAGACACCAGUGUUCGCACUCCCGCUUCUUCUGCGCUCAGACAAGUGGGCUCAGGAUAUUUUCCAGCACACUAUCCGAUGGGAGUUCAAGUGCACUUGUUGUGACUUUACUGUAAAUGAGAGUGUUGAGAAGACUCUGACAACUUUGACUUGUAUUGUUAAGGACUGGCAUCCGCUAAAAGCCAAUAAUCGCACUCAGUGCAACAAAUGCGAGCACAAAAACCAGAGGAGGAAAAUGGUGCUUGAAAAGCUGUCCUCUGUGUUUGCGUUGCACUUUGUGGAGGGUCUGCCCAGGAAAGACCUUACUAAAUACGGGUUUACAUUCCAGGGCUUUCAAUACAGCGUUAGCACUAUUAUCCAGUACAACAAACAUCUUCAGCACUUUGUCACUUGGGUCCGUCAGAGCAAUGGAUUUUGGCUGGAACUUGAUGACCUUAAACACCCUUACAGCCCCACUCACAAGAGACUUCCUUUUCCCUCCAGUGAAUUUCACAUUCUCUUCUGGGAGACAGACUCCUUUAAAGAGGAGCAUUCCGAGGUUUGUUUACCGACAGCUCCCCCUGAGGUCCCGAAUGCCCCUGAUGAACAUCCUCCAAAACUGUCAGACUCUGUGGCCACCGACACAUGCGUGAUCAGCGCACUCACAGUGGAAGACACGACUGCAAGCAGCAUUGCGGAUACAUCCAUAGGCAGCACCACACUACUGGACACAUUUGAAGGUCUGACCCAUAAAGACAUCGUAACCCUCACUCUGGUUAAUUCUGAAUCCCCCAAGAAUGAACCGCGUCCCAUGAGACCAGGCUUCGUGUCGGCUCCUCGUCACUGUCCUUUUGAAGCAUCCAAUUUGUUGUCUGGAAUCCCCAAAACCGGGAGUCGACUUUCAACCCCUCCAAUUCCUCAGAAAUCUAGCUUAGUACACAAACCAGAGGUGGCAGCAGCAGCCGUAUCAAAAACACAUUUACAGCCUACAUCAUUAUUUCAGCGUCAUCCUUCCUUCCAGUCUACACCAAUCAGACCUCCUCCUCCUCUUCCUCCUGCUCCAAAACCAAAACCCAGUCUGCAAUAUGACAAACAUGAAGAUCUGCCUGUGAAGCCGGCUGACAUGUUUGGCGGCUUCAAGACAAAGAAAUUGGCAAAUUCUCAACCCAAACAAAUCAGCCUUCCGGGUGGCCUUAAUCCAAGUGUUAAGAAAACGGCAGGGCAGGAGCCCAUUAGCACUACAGAAGCCCUCAGGCUGAAGCUAAUGAAAAAGCUGAAGGCCAAGAAAAAGAAACUGGCCAAGUUAAACCAGCUCCUGGGAAAUGGAGGGGAAUCUGUGGCCAAACCGGACAGCACUGCACUUUCAUCACCGUAUUCAGUCACUUCUAGUACCACAACAUACGACAGCUUUGAUGACCAGUUUUUGGCUGAUCUUCUAUCUCCUGCGACGACCGUCAGUAACCUCUCGCCUGACAGUACGGGUCUCCUCGAGAUGUUGAACAAUGGCCAAAACGGCGAACAGCAAAAUCCUGCUGUAGCAACUCUUGCUCCUGAAGCAACCCUAACCUGCUCUUCUUCCACCAUAUCGCCUUUAGAUGAAUACAUGCAGUCAGGGAUGUGCCACACUGCACUCGAGAACGCUGAUUUUAAUAGCUUGGAUAUAUUUUUCUGAUUUGAAGAAAACUUUUAGAUGUUCAGAGUCAUUGAGUUUUGCCUGGUGUUAAGAUCGAUUUAGUUUUGCAUUGGUGAAAACAGGAAGACCUUUGUUAGCAAAGUAUGCGGCACAUCAUCUGUUAGUUGUUCAUGUUUUGCCUGAUCUACUUGAAGAACAUUACGCCAUGUUUGACGAUCAAAGUAAGCACAAUGUACUUGUAAAGUUUUGUACAGAGUUGUCUAAUGCUUUUGCGUUGUUAUUUUUUAUGGAUUUCACCGUAUUUAAACUGUUCAUAUUA